AUUCUAUUCAUUCCACAUUCAUUCGUUCGAAAGCUCCAUCAUUUGGUGUUCCUAAUAGUCCUUAAUUUGAAGCAUAUUAUUUAUGUUUUUCUAAGGCACUAUGAACAUUUUUGCGCGAUUCCUACUGGUCAUUGCCGUUCUUGGAAUAGCUAAAGCACAAGAUGACUCUCUACGUAGUGCAGUGGAGGCUCUCGGCCAACGCCAGAGAGAGCUAGAUUACGAAGACAAUGCAGUAUUUGCCUAUACCCUGGAGCGUCCAGAAGAUCUUAUGUUCCUCAACCCAACCGGAUAUGGACGAGAUGGUGACAAAUACGAUAUGGACGUCAGUAAGAGGAUCUCCUCUGCAUUCCGUGAGCGUGUGGAGGAAGAUAACCAAAGGCAACAACUAGAAGAAAUGGCAGAGAAUUUAGUUAACAAUAUGGAUAGUAGAGGCGGUAAUAACGUCGAAAAUGAAGAUUACGAUGAAAUUGUUAAAGAAUUGUGGGACAAAUAUAGAAGACCUAGUAAAAUGUAUGCCAAUACGGGUAAUAAGCGUUGGAUGGUUCCUAGAUUUGGAUUGGAUGCAGCUGGUUUAAGAAAAAGAAACAAUUACGACAACUCUGGUAGCGAAUACUACGAUGAUACCUACGCGGCUGCAAAAGAUGAUGUUUACGACGAUGACGAGGACGACUAUCAAUAUUUGAAAAAGCGUUAUGGCCAGAAUAACAAAUUAAGCAGAGUCAGACAGAUGUUCGCUAAUCCUUAUUCGGGACCCAAGCGAUUCCCUGUAACAAAAAGAAGCAGCGGCAGCGAAAUGAUAAUACACGAUCACAAACGUACCAUUAUGAAAAAGCAAACUGAUCCCAAAGUUGAAAAAGAAUUGAGCAACAUAUUUGGUAAUGCGAAGACUGAAGAAACAACAACCAAACAACCAAACAGUCAAACACACUCGACUUCUAAAAAAGAAGGCGUUAAAGAAAGCGUUACUCCCAAGAGUACGAAAGAUACCAAAGCGGAUAAGAAGGUAACUGCUGUUAAUAAGGAACAAUUUACUCCGGUCAGUGCUACUCCAAGAGAGAAACCUUUACAGAUAAAAAAGAAAUCCGUUGAUUGGUCGGACUAUUUUGGUUUGGAUAGACGCAAGAAAUCUUCAAAACCGGAAGAUUUAGACAAGGAAUGGUUAAUUGCAAGAUACCACAAUUCAAUAAUUAAAAUGUCUAAUAAGAAAAGAAGCGCAGAUUUACCAAUGUCUUCUUUCCGCAAUCACGAUGAUCCAAGAAAGAAAUCUUCUUCAGGAGACCUUGAAAAAACUCUAACUGAAGAACAAAAAAUUAACGAUAUGGAUGCGAAAUUGCAAGUCAUGGAAGACAAGAUAGUGGACGAGACUUUGAAGUUCACAGGCGCCCAUGAAGGUGAAACUGAUCCCAAGGAAGUCCAAGAAAUUAAGGAUAAAGUAAUUUCCCGUCUUGCAGCUGCUUACAGCUUGGAGAAAAUGAGAACAGCUUUGGGGGAAUACAAAUUGGCUGUCGCCAAAGAGAGAGAAAGACUGAAGAAUAGACGUCCGUCUGUUGAUGAUGAUGACUUAUUUUCUGAAGAAAAAAGAACUGCUAUUCCUAGGAAACAUGUUAUUGAUAAGGAUCGCGAAGACAAUCCAGAAGGUGACAACAAUAUUAAAUGUUCUGAAGGAAAUGAAGACUGCCAUGAACAAAAUUAUAAAACUCCAAAUGAGAUUAUUGAAAACCAUUACGGAACUGAAGUAUGUCCACCAAUUGAAAGAGUUUGCAAUGAGGGAGCUCUACUAGUUGGAGAAUAUGGGCCGGUUUUUAGAACUGCCUGUCACAUGCAUGAGAUGUGUUUAAUAUGUGUAACGUCAAACCCGGAAGUUGUUGCUUCAAAUCAUAAAGUUGAUAAUAUAAGCCUUUCAGUCGGCACUUCAAACCCAUAUUCCAAAGUUAACACUUCCAAACCAAAAGUUGGUGAUACAAGGCACGAAAUUCGAUCUUCGUUGGAGGAUACCUUAGUAGCCCCAUUUGAUAUAUCUCUACUACUUCAGGCACCUCCUCAAACGAAGAGUUCAAGACCUUCUCAAGGAGCAACUAGCAACAACAGCUGGUUCCCUCCGACUCGCCAAUGUCACUCGCUUUUCGUGGCGAAAGCCUUCGAUUUGUGCAAAGGGGAUCACGAAUGUCAGAAGGUCGCCCAACGUUCUGUUCGAUAUUUACUCAACGUCAGUCGCGCCUUGCAUACCGAAGAUCCGUCUGCCAUUAACGACUGCGAAAUGUCUUGUUCCGAAACAGACGCCAUGUUUGAACCUAUAUUAUCAAGAUAAAUUUUUUGUCGAGGUAUCUUUGAUGAAUUUUGUGUCCAUGUGAUUUUACAUCAAAUUUUAAAGUACCGUUUUGAGUCGUAUUGCAUACUAAUUUAUUUUUGCCUGCAGUGUAUCUUUAAACAAAAUGAAUAUCCGUAAUCCGUAUCAGUAAUGCGUAUUUUUUGAUUUGUGAUACUUUUUAUUUUCAAAAUUAACAAGAUAUAAUUUGUUUUGCCAAAAAAAUUAUCUCGAUUGUUAUUUAGUCGUAUUAAAAGUAUACUGUGCAACUAAAGAAAUUUUAAUACUCGUGCAUAAUAAGCUGUACUUUUUUGACAACUUCGUAAAAAUUAUAAAUAAUUUAGAAAAAUUUACAAAUGUGUCUGUUUUGAGAUACACUGUACUAUAGACUAGACUCUUAAGUUUUUGAUUAAAAUAGAUUUUGCAAUUUUUAUAUGCUGAAAAAUUUGACAAUAAAAUUACCACAACUCGCUUGAAGGGACAACUAAUUUUAACGCCUCAAGAUAUGGGCGAUAUUUUUUUUGUUUCUAUCACAUAAAAAAGGCUAUUUUUUUGAGGAAUCGGGAGGAACAUUACGUUUAGUAUGUGACAGUUGACAAUAAUUGCAAAAAAUGCUAGUUGAAAAUUGGAAAAAUGUUUACUUUCGGUCAUGAGCUCACAAGGAAAAAUUCAUCUUUUCAGCGACCAAGGGUAAUAUUCUUUAAAAACAUCUUUAUUAUCGUACAUAUCAAAAAAAACUUUAUUGAACGAUACUUUCGCCCCCUUGGUGCUUCUGCAAAGAAAACUUUUAUUUGUGAAGGUAGCGUGGAACUUUUCAUUUUUGAUCCGUACAGAUUUAAUAUUGUUACAGAUUUAAUAUUGUUUAUUUUCCAAUAUUUUCAGUGACUAAAUGUUAUUUUAUUUCCCAAGGAUUUCAGGUCCAUUUGCACUGCUUGUCAGUCUUUAAAAAAUAGAACAACCUUACAAUAACCUCUUUUUAUUAAAAAAAUAAUUUUAAGCUUUGCUUAUUUUUUUAACGACUAGCUGUGCAAAUGGUCCUUAAACGAUCAAAGUUGAAGUAAAUCCGCUGUCAAUAUCAAUACCAAUUUUUACAGAAAAUUUCAAUAAUACCAACCGAUAUUAUUCAAUAGUUCGAUUUGCAAUUGUAUUUUUAAUGAAUCGUCUUUUUUACAACCUCGCCGCAUACGCUACGAAAAUGAUUUUAGGUAGAAGCGCAGUAAAUAGCAGCUGAAAUUGGCGAGAUUUGUUCAUAACGUGAUUCCUGGAAUUGUCCGUUAUCUUCAUCUGAAGCUGCCCAAACUCUUUCACAAGCUGCAUCGGAGAUAAGUCGCCAAAAGAAAGGUACAUUUUUUUUCUGAUAUACUACUGUCUUUUUGACAUAUACAGGAUUGAAGAAGAGCAUUAGAUGAAAAAUAAUGUUCAUUCGUUCAGCGUUAUAGUUGCUGUAUUACCUUAGACUGGUUUGAAUUUAAGAAAAACUGCAGGCGAAGGUCCUUAUUUUUAUAAAUGCACUUGUUAUAUUGAUAGAAAGAGCAGUGGAGGAAAAAGCAUAGUCCUUCUUUUAGGAUGCAAUUUGCUCUUAUUGCUUCAGACUGAAUUGAACUAAAGAAGGACAAGAGGGGGCAAGAACAGUCUCAAUUUACAGAGAUACAACUGCCUUAACCUGAUAUACCUGCUCCGCUUUGGAAAGAACUAGGUUCCAGUUCUUUGGUGUCACUUGACUGGAGCCCAUUGACUUAAUCAAGUCUUAAUGAACUUGUACCGAAGGUGUAGCUUGUAUGGGAACUAUAUUAAUUACAGAGGCGGCUUGUAAAAAAAUUUUUGGAAGUUCACAGUACCAGAAUAUAGAUAUCGGUACAGAUAUAGGUAAAAAACUGUCAGUGUUUUAGAAAGGUAUAUUGUAAACUUUCUAAAACACCAAAAGUUUUUUUCAUAUAUUUGUACUGAUAUCUAUAUUCUGUCACUGAGAACCCCCAAAAUGUUGUUUACGAGCCGCCACUGAUUAAUUAGACAUGAACCAUAAUAGAUCCACCUGGGUCGCAGUGGAAGGCGAUGAGGUCAUUUUCAACCUAGCUUGUAUUGGAGAUAUUUUGAAAUUAGCCAUAACUUACAAAAGAAAUAAUUAAACAGGCACCUUCGGAGGCUACAACUGAAAAGGCAGUGCUUGGAAAAAAUGGGCAAAUGGCUGAAAAGUGUAAAAAUAGAUUAAAAGAGGUAAGUAUUUUACGUGCAUUUUAUUAAAAAACCAUUUCUUACAAACUGAAUCACUGUAUAAAAUGUCGAUUUGUUAAUGCAAUGAAACAUUCUUGAAUCAAAAAUGAAAGAGAAGAGAAUUUAAUAAAGCUAGUUUUACUGUUAACUGUUUUGUUUCGUUGGAGAGCCAUGAGUUACUUUUACGUUUGAUUUGAAAUUGCAUGGAUACUUAUUUUUCUGAAAAAUUAUGACUUACCUACUCACUGGUCUGUAAUUUCAAGAUACUAGUGAAGACCCUGUUGUAUCUGUCAGAUGUUGAUAAAAAAAUCGUUCAAGCUAGUAUCUUUGUAACCUUGUGUGUACCUAUAGUUAAAUGUAGCUUCAGAAGAAGCAUUUAAAGCUGUUACUCAAUGAAAAAAAAAAACAAAAAAAUAUAUACCCUAUUAAUAUGAGUUUAUGUUGUUUUUCUCAUACAAAAAAUUCGUCUUGAUUCCUUAAAGGUUUCAGAUUUAUUUUUAUAGUAUAUUUAAACUAUUAAAGUGGCGUAUUUAACUUUAACUAUACAAAAAGAUAGUAAUUUAAUGGACAUUAGCUCGAAGGGUUUUUCGAAAAUGCCACUUUAAUCAAAUUAUCUAUUUUUUAGUGUUAUCAAUAGGAGUAGCCCAUAUGCAAAAUGCGUUAUAAAAAAAGUUUGGGGAUUUUAAAAACUUUUAUGAUAUGAGUAAUAAAUGAUAGAGCAAUAUAUUUUUCUUAUUAAAAAAUGUAAAAAGAAAACUUCUAAAAACUACUAAAUAAUUGUCUGUAAAAGUAAAAUAAUUGAGAUAUUUUGUUUGGUUUUGCUAUAUGCAGGCUUUGAAACUUCUCGAUCAGCUAAAGUAUAGUAUUUUUGAGAAAUAUUGUUAUAUUGUAAACAAAACACAACUAGAUGACAAGAGAGCUGAAAUUGCGUAUUAGCUAUUGGUUUGUUUUGGUUCACACAACCGUCAAUUCUAGUUCUCAAAUACAGUUAGCAAUAAGUCUAUAAAAAUAUUACUUAUGAUAAAGAAUAUGAUAAUAUUACUUAUGAUAAAAACUAUUUAAUUAACAUUGGUCAUAUCUCAUAAACUAGUAAUACCAGCAGUAGUUUUAGUUUUUAAAAUGUCUUGCAUUUUUGUUAAAUAAGGCGACUAUUCAGAUGUGUUAGAAGUUUUUUUUAAAGAAUAAAUUAUUAUUGCAAUAAAAGUAACUUUAAUACAACAAUUAAGUUAUAUCACUCAUUACGACAAAAAAAGCUUAGAGUCAGGCCUUCAUUAUUCUUCAGUCCUUCAAUCCUUCUUCAUUUCUUCUUCAAUACUUCUUCAAUUCUUUUUCAAUCCUUCUUCAAUCCUUCUUCAAUUCUUCUUCAAUUCUUCUUCAAUUCUUCUUCAAUUCUUCUUCAAUUCUUCUUCAAUUCUUCUUCAAUUCUUCUUCAAUUCUUCUUCAAUUCUUCUUCAAUUCUUCUUCAAUUCUUCUUCAAUCCUUUUUCAAUCGUUUUUUAAUCCUUCUUCAAUUCACCUUCAAUCCUUCUUCAGUCAUUGCUUUGUAUUACAGGAUGGCUAGAUGAAAACGUACCAGAGUCACAACACCUUUCUAGCAUAUCCUCAACUGCCAUACGUCGUUCCCCUCCCCGCCGUCAUUCUAACCAAUAAAAUUUAAACAGGUAUAUUAUUGAUUAGAUGAUUUUAUGAAAAAUUUAGCAAUAUGAUUAUUUAUUACGUUAUUUUUGAUUUUAACGCCCUCUAGCGAAAUACAAACUUACGUACUGUAAAGUAAAAUUGUUAUUUUGGUUGAUUGUGAUUAGAGUUCGUAUAUCUUAACGUUAGAGCUCUGCCCGGUUUUUCAAUUAUUUAAGAUCACAUUGUGACUCUUUUCAAUACGUAACAGUUUUUUAUUCUGUUAGAGGGAGGUAAAAUCAAAAAAGUAAAGCAAUCAAUAGUCAUAUUGCUAAUUUUUCCAUUAAAUUACCUUUUCAAUGAUGUGUUAUACUUGGUACUUUCCAUAUUUAAAUAGAAUUAAUUAUUAGGGUAAUGGAGGAAAGUAGAAUGAUGUAAGACAGUUGAAGACCUUUCACCAAAAAUUGAAUGGAUCCAUUCAUAUGUUGUCGCAGUUCCUGAUAAUGGUUCUGUUUCGUUUUGAUCUGGUCACCUUGUAUACCAUAAAGCGUCAAAAAUGUGUGCAAGUGAACAAACUUUUGCUUAAAUGCUUUAAUAUAUAGAAACUGACUUAAAGUAAAACAUUGAUACCAAUAUUGCAGUUUUUAAUUAUUUUUUUUUAUGUUGCACAUUUUGCAUAUGGGUAACUCAUAGC